CUCCUCAUCUUUCUUACGCCGCCACCUAAUCUUCCGAUCGAUCUCCCACGGUUCUCCUCUGAUUCCUUGUGAACGUUUUCGCCUUCGAGAUGAUGAUGAUGUCUUCGCUCGGUGGUGGUGGUGGUGGAGGAGGGAGGUUUAUGACGUAUUCGUCGUCUCUUUCGGUUCCUCCUUCUGCUCCUCAGUCUCCUAACUACUCCGGUGGGAUCCGAUCUCAGUCUUCUGUGUUCAUUGAGCAGGAGAAGUAUCUUUCAGAUUUAUUUGCAGAACGUCGUAAUCUUACUCCGUUCUUGCCUGUGCUUCCACAUGUAUGUCGGCUACUUAACCAGGAGAUUUUGCGUGUAACCACACUGUUGGAGAAUGCCACAGUGUUUAGUCAAAGUGGGCUUGACCACACUAGCCCUGGAGGGAUAUAUCAGAAUUCAAGAGCAGACCUGAGCGGAUGGGCAUCACAGUUUCCAUCAGAAAGAUCUGUUCCAUCGUCUCCAGGACCAAACUGGCAUAACUCACCUGGUAGUCCGUCUGGUCUGAUCGCCAAGCAAACAAUCAGGAUCGAUAUUCCAGUCGACGAUUAUCCAAAUUUCAAUUUCGUUGGUCGCCUCCUGGGACCUAGAGGAAACUCUCUGAAACGAGUUGAAGCAAGUACUGGUUGCCGUGUUCUUAUAAGAGGAAGAGGCAGUAUAAAAGAUCAAUAUAAGGAGGAAAUGAUGAGAGGAAAGCCUGGCUUUGAGCAUUUAAGUGAGCCACUUCAUCUCCUAGUCGAAGCAGAGUUACCGAUUGAAAUAGUCGAUGCACGUCUCAUGCAAGCUCGUGAAGUACUAGAUGAACUUCUUACUCCUAUGGAGGAGACCCAUGAUUUUUACAAGAAACAGCAGCUACGAGAGCUAGCAUUGCUCAAUGGAUCUCUUCGGGAAGAAAGAUCUCCAAUGUCUGGUUCUGUUUCUCCUUUCAGUAGCCUCGGUAUGAAGAGAGCCAAAACAAGGGAAGUGUAGAAAACAAAUGCCUUCAAAACGCAGUUUUGUUGUUGUGAUCUGUCCCACAUCUCAAGGAAUAUAAACCGAUCCAGUUCGACGCAGAAAGGCCACACCUCUCUUGGCUACACAGUACUGUUCUCUUCUCCCCUGGAGCAGAGUUGUAUAUAUGAUUAUGAAUGUGUGUUUUUUUUUGGGUCUAUUUAUCAUUGUCAUGGAGAGAGAUCAGAUGACAACAUUUCAAGGAAACACAGGGUAUGAUGAGUCUCUUCCUCUCUCCAAGUCUUUGGGCUUUUUUUUUUUGUUUUUUUUUCUCAACUUUUUGUUGCUGUUUUCCUCGUUAGAAAAGUUUGGUUCCAGUUUCCAAGAGAAUUUUAAAAGUUUUGUAUUCUAGCAAAAACGUAAAACCAUGUUACAAAAAAAAAAAAGCAAAAACGUAAGACCAUGAUGGUAAUGAUAACAUUUCUGUACGUUACAAAAACGUGAAAGGGAAGUUUGUUUUACC